CUUCUGGUUUGAUUCUGGUAACAGGUUUCAUGGCAAAAGACAGAUCCUAUUGGUCUCAUAGACAAAAGCAGCGUCGAAAACUUCUCCGAAAGGUCUUGUAUCAAGUAUGGGAUGCAUGCUGGGCAAUUGCUCCAGCAAGACAUUUAGACGCUCUGUUUAGGAAGCAUAGACUUUUAGGGGCUCGUGAGGAAUUGUCGAUUCAAGAAAUUAUUGAUAGGAUGCCUAGGGGUGCAUUAGAGAAUCGUCGUCUUACGAAUUAUGAUGCGUUGAUAAACAUUCUCAAGGAAGGAACAGUAUUAGAGAGUGAGAAUCCAUUGAAUUAUGGAUUUGCAGAGGAAAGUACUGAAGCUGCAAAUGUCCGAAUGUACAAAGCUUUAGAGGUCAAUUUGUACAAGUCUGAGGAGUGUGAUGAUGGUGAUUAUGAUAAGCUGCUUGAGAAAAGUAUCAGAAAUUCACCAAUAGCAGCACGCCUUGUUCUGGUUAAUGACGAUUAUGAGGCUAUUAAAGGAAAAUCAAUCUAUCUUCCAGAUCCAUUAGCACCUGAGGAUGCAGGACAUCUAUUGUUGCUUACCGGGUUUGGAGUUGAUGCAAAUGGCAUAGAGUUUUGGGAGGCGCAGGAUUCUUAUGGACGGAAGCAUGGAGAUGGCGGGUAUAUAAGGAUAGCUAGAAAACAAAACUUGAUCUCGGAUUUCUUUGUGAUGGAAAUUGAAACAGAACCAGAAGCUUGAGGUAACUCUUUAAUGCUUGGAUCAGGUCUUCUGAUCUUUCAUAGGUUUUAAAACUCUGUGUAACCAGUAGUAAGUAAGUCUAUUAGGAGAUCGAUAAGGCUCUGACAUUUCUUAGGUUUGAGUUGUUUUUAAGAUCAAAAUCAUAUUCUGCAAAUGUAAGCUGCUUCAAAGUUUGUCGGUGUAUUGAAUCUAAUCACUCUUAAUUCUGACAAGCUUUGGUUUGCAUUAAAAAUGAUGACUCUUU